AUGAGGAAGGCUACAGAUCCUAAAGCAGUUGGAGGAGAAUCGACCAAGACGAGGAAGGCUCCCGAUCCUCCCGCGAGACAAUCGACAUUCAAUGAGCGCCAGACAAAUGGUGCUGCUGUAACGACGACAACAACGCAAAAGGAACAACCAUCGAGCAGGACGAGGUUUAGCCGAUCUACGGUGAUUAAGGUCCUUGUGUUUCUAUCAAUUCCACCCGUCAUGUACAACUUUGUGGAGAUUAGUGAAUUUUCCGGCAAUCUGUUUGAGUCAUUUGGUGUGAAAAAGAGUGCCGAAGCAAGAGAAUUGGAAGGGGGGCAUACUGUGGUCAAGGUGACGGAUAGCCAUCAUGGUGUCUUGUUGACCAAGAGGCCACCAAAGACACCAAGCCCUACAGAACUGAACUUCCAAGACAAAAUUGACAUCCCAGACAAUACAAACUUCCCACUGAUUCCUGUGAUUGACUACAACUACGAGCAUGACUUUGUCCAGUACCGAGACCACCGAAACAGAUUUGCUCUGCCUGAAUGGCUGGAUGAAUUCUUAAAGACACAGCCUGCCAAUAAUCCACAAGCCCAUCAUGAAAUGCUCACCAAUCCAGACAACAAAUUCAUUGUCAUUACCUGUUACAAACAUUCCAAUAACAAACUAGAAGACUGUGGUGGGUUUUCUGAUCGAUUGGCACUAAUGCCGUACCAGCUUUGGUUGGCACACAAAACAGGACGCAAAUUCUUGAUCAAGUACUACAAACCACUCCCACUCGAAGAAUUCUUGGUACCACCACCAGAUGGUUUUGAUUGGCGCCUACCAGAUGGAUAUUUGAUGGAUGAAUGGUACGAAUAUGGCAAUCGCACGGCAAACCAAUACAAGGGCGAACGGCGAGUUGCCUGGCACACCAGAAUAGAAGAGGACAAAUGGAAAGACAAAAAAGUCAUUUUCAUGAAUUCCAAUUUGGCCAUUCCUGCAGUGCAACCACGACAAGACGAGCUGGUAGGGACACCAGCAGAUGACCUCUGGCCAGCACUCUUUCGACGUCUCUUUCAACCUUCCCCUGGAGUGGCCAAGUCCCUGUCACCUCUCACCAAAAAACUAAAGGCAGGGAUGUAUGCUGUGGCACACGUUAGAGCAAAGUGGCCCAAUCCAGCCUUUGGUAGACUCAAUUACAAGAAUCAAAAAUGGUGGAAGGCAGAUAAAGAAGGUGGUGAAUUAGACAUGGAGGAUACCAACACCAGUCGCAUUAUUUCCACCUUGGCCAACCAUGCGGUUGAAUGUGCUGUCCGGGUCAUGCCAGAAACGGAAUACGUG